CUCUUACCUGAAAACAUGCAUAUUAUCUACAGAACCAGCAAAAAAUACAAAACAAAAGAUUCAAACCUAAUUUCAACUGCAGAAACAAACUUGAAAAAUAAGAAUUAAAUAAGGACAAAUUUCGUUUCGUUGGAGAAAUAGAUUUUCCAAAUCUGAUGUUAUCAACCCACAUCUACUCUGACAAUUCUUCCAAUUUAUUAUCUCGAGUUUUACGCUUUCUCUUAUUUACACAUUCGCCUUAUGACGAAAAUGUAUUGUACUAGCUACUUGGAAAUAACAACUUUAAUCAAUAGAGUGAACACACUGAUGUUCAAUGACAAGCACAGAAUCUCCUCAUAGCAUGACCCUUGACCAUUUUAAGAUAUUUAAAGUAUUGAGGUGGCGCUCAUUAUCAGUGUUUCCAUGUAGUAUUCGGGUUGAUUCUCAUCGAGCUGCUGUCUGUGAAUUUACAUUUUCUUUCAAAGUGCUUUAUAGUGAUUGAUUUAAUAAAGAAUUAAAUAAAUAAAUAAACUCAAUAUUAACUAACAUGAAACGCAUUUUUUGUGUGUUUGCAUUUUUAUUAAUUUCACACGUCGGAUGUAGUUAUGAUGAGGGCGAAAAUGUUGAUUCCCAGGAAGAGGACUACUCAUUGCCACAAGCUAAUGUAGAUGAACAUAAUGUUCAAGUUACAGAAAAUCGUUUGGCGGCUCAGCUAUUUGCUGUGCUCGAGCAUUAUAAACAACCAGACCCAGUUGGACUACCCGACGUUCCGAUUCCUGAUCCCAUGAAAGUACCAGAUAUGGUAAAGAGCUUAGGCAUGGGUACACUUAAAAUGAUGAAUGUACAAGCACAUGGUCUUUCUCAAUUCAGAAUAAAAUACUUAAAUGUUAACCUUAAGGAAAUGAAGGUAGAUGCUGGAAUUCAGUUGGACACGAUGACAGUAAAAGGGUCAUAUACGUUGAGCUCUCUGUUUUCUUCCGCCCAAGGCCCAUUUACAGUUGUUUUAAAGAACGUAUUGGCAAAAGCUGUUGCCUCACUUGCAGUACAAACCGAUGGUCAUCUUACAACAGAGCAAAUAAACAUGGACUUAACCUUUUCUACAAUGACAAUGGAUUUUCAAAACCUGGGAUUUUUGGGGGCCGUAUUUCAGAGCAUUAUUAAUUCAGCUCCAAAUUUGGUUUUUGAUGCUAUGAAGCCGCUUAUACUCAAAGAAGUCGAUACUAAGCUCCGUGAAGAGAUAAAUAAAAACGUUAAGAACGUAAUGGGAGACCGUAAACUUCCAAACUCAAUUUCUCCAUUAGAUAUGGCUAUUGCCGAGGGCCGAAAAAAGGUCCGGUCCAUGGGCUACGAUCCAUUUUAUGUCCAAGACUAUAACCAUACAGUUGGAAUUUUUUCCGUUCAAAUGGUCAACACAUGGAUAAGGGGUGUAUCAUCCUUCUACCGUGUGGGGGAGAUGAUAGUUGCAAUGGAAAAUAACACGGUCUCUCUUUGUUUUCAAGUGGGAACACAAAAAAUAAGUGGAGCAACCCAAUGGGAAGUGGGAUUUGGAUUAGGAUUUAUAUCAGCAGUUGGCCAUGCACAGUUUAUGGUUCAGCAUAUCAAGGCCACUGUGAAUAUUAGUCAAGCUUUGGAUACACGGAAAAAACCACAAAUCAAUGAUCUUCAGAUUGAUCUUGGCAAUAUUCAAGUUCGCUGUGAUGGAGCUGGAACCGCCGAUUACGUUAUGGAGUUUUUAGUUAAUGUACUACCAAAUAUUUUGCGCUAUCAAAUAAUGGAUGCAAUUGAAAAUCCUAUCAAGAUGCGUGUUCAGGAGAAGUUUAACCAAAUCGAUGUAGAGCGCGCUAUAAAGGAUAAUUUUAAAAAGUUCCAAGAAUCCGGAAAUGAAUUUUCUUUUGAUUUUAAACUGUAGUUAUGUAUAUUAAAAUUGUUAAAAAUAUGUAUGUAUAUAUAUAAGAAAAAUUAAGAUGAAAAUUAAAAAAAAAAUACUAUUUUUUUUAAUAAAAUUUGUUUGCUUUUAAUAAUAA